GGGCCAAUCACAGUAGCUUCCUGUCGCCGGCUCAGCUUAAGCUAACAACAAAACAGCAACAGCUGCUUCGUCUUGUUACCAAGUCAGCUGAACGAAGCCUAGUCACAACAGAAAUAUGGCAGAAAUAUAGCAGGCGUUUAUAAAGACAUUUUUCUUAAAUUUAGUUAGUUUUCCAAGAUAAUUAAAGCUCGCGCCGAGAGAGGCUUCUGGAGUUUUCAGAGAAGGCCAGAAAAAGUAUCUAUAAGCGAAAACCAUACAACCUGUAGGAGAUAAAGAUCCGUUGGCUAAACCAGUGUUGUCUUAUAAAACUUACCAAUUUCUCACAGAGGACCGUGUGCCUUCAUUAUGAGAGGCUCUUACGGAGACAGAGACCGAGACCGCGGUCGUGACAGAGGCAAUCCUCGGUUCGGAUCAAGUAGAGGAGGACCACCACCGGGUAAGAAAUUUGGGAAUCCUGGGGACCGCUUACGAAAGAAGAGGUGGGACCUGAACGAGCUUCCUAAAUUUGAGAAAAACUUUUAUAAUGAACAUCCAGAAGUGCAGCGAAUGAGCCAGUAUGAUGUUGAGGAGUAUCGCAGAAAGAAAGAAAUCACUGUCCGAGGUUCAGGCUGCCCAAAACCUGUCAUCAGCUUCCAUCAGGCACAGUUUCCCCAAUAUGUAAUCGAUGUACUGAUGCAGCAGAAUUUCAAGGAGCCUACAGCCAUUCAAGCUCAAGGUUUCCCUCUGGCACUCAGUGGGAGGGACAUGGUGGGCAUCGCUCAGACAGGCUCGGGGAAGACCUUAUCGUAUCUCCUGCCUGCAAUCGUGCACAUCAAUCAUCAGCCCUACUUGGAGCGUGGAGAUGGACCCAUUUGCUUGGUGUUGGCCCCCACAAGAGAACUAGCUCAGCAGGUCCAGCAGGUGGCAUAUGACUAUGGAAAGUCAUCUCGCAUCAAAAGCACUUGUGUGUAUGGUGGUGCUCCCAAGGGACCUCAAAUCCGAGACUUGGAGAGAGGUGUUGAGAUCUGCAUCGCCACUCCAGGUCGUCUCAUUGACUUCCUGGAAGCUGGAAAGACCAACCUGCGGCGCUGCACAUACCUAGUUCUGGAUGAGGCUGAUCGCAUGCUGGACAUGGGUUUUGAACCACAGAUACGCAAAAUUGUGGAUCAGAUCAGGCCGGACAGACAGACUCUAAUGUGGAGUGCUACCUGGCCUAAAGAAGUUCGCCAGCUGGCAGAGGACUUCCUGAAGGACUAUGUUCAGAUCAAUGUUGGCGCUCUGGAGCUCAGUGCCAACCACAACAUCCUUCAAAUUGUUGAUGUUUGUCUGGAGAGCGAAAAGGACGACAAGCUGAUCCAGCUGAUGGAAGAGAUUAUGGCUGAGAAGGAAAACAAGACAAUCAUCUUUGUUGAGACCAAGAAACGGUGUGAUGACCUCACACGUAGGAUGCGACGUGAUGGGUGGCCAGCGAUGUGUAUUCAUGGUGACAAGAGCCAGCCAGAGAGAGACUGGGUGUUAUCAGAGUUUCGUAGCGGCAAAGCUCCCAUCCUCAUUGCUACUGAUGUCGCCUCACGUGGGCUUGAUGUGGAGGAUGUCAAGUUUGUCAUCAACUAUGACUACCCUAAUUCUUCGGAGGACUACAUCCACCGUAUCGGCCGUACGGCUCGCAGCACUAACAAAGGCACUGCUUACACCUUUUUCACUCCGGGGAACCUCCGGCAGGCCAGAGAGUUGAUCCGGGUGCUGGAGGAAGCCCGGCAGGCGAUAAAUCCCAAACUGCUGCAGCUGGUCGACAGUGGACGUGGAGGAGGAGGAGGUGGAGGCGGAAGGGGCCGUUCCCGUUUCCGCAAUUCCAAUUCAAACAAUCCCAACCUGAUGUACCAGGAUGAGUGCGAUCGUCGAAUGCGUUCUGCGGGUGGGGGCAGCAGCUCCAAGGAUGGUCGAAGCGGCGGCGGCAGUUACAGCCGCAGCGGAAACACCCGGGAUGGGGACCGCUCCUCUUCCUCCUCUUACAGAGAUCGCAGCAGCAGGGAUGGAGGACGCAGCUACAGCUCUAGCUCCACCUCCUAUGACCAGUACCAGAAUAACAACAGCUCCAGGAGCGGCUCAGGGGGCAGUGUUGUGGGGCAGGCUCCACCUCCUUCAUCGGGCCCUCAGCCUCUAAUGGCUCAGCAGUUCAACCCUCCCCAGCCCAUGAUGGGGUUGAUGGGGCACUCACCAUUCCAGUUUGCUCCUCCACCGCCUUCUCUGUCAGGGAGAAAGUGAUGUAGACUUUGCAUAACGCAGCACAACACAUGCACACUACACCCAGUCAGAUUUGCAGAUUUUGCACUUUUCUCUUCCAACAUUUUAGUUACAAGCUUGUUUGAGCCGAUUCAAAGAUCUUCGUUUCUUCAACAUCAAUUGUUUUCAGCUGGUUUCUAGUUUGUGUGACAACUUUGGUUUCAAUUUAAAGUCAAAUGAGCAUUAGUGUGACAGAAGUGUAUCUGUAUUAAUUAGCUGAGUUCUUCACAACUGCCUUGGUUUAAAAAAAAAAAAAAAAAUUAAAAAACAAAGAUGCUGUUUUUGAAUUGUGAAUCUCUGUGAGCUACUUACAAGGGCUUGAUGGAGUGUUAUGUUUUCCCUUUAGGUAAUGGCAAAGGUAGGUGCUGAAUUAAUUAUCUUGUAUGUAGCUUGUUUCUAUUUAAGAUCAUUGUGUUUAUCGGAAGCCAGAAAAUCCUCUUGAAAUAUUAAAGAAAACGUUAAAGUUUUUAAUCACAUAAGAAGUGUUUUCCUUUGUUUGAGCUCCAUCUUGAUUUGGCAUGGCAGAGUUUGUAUUUACUAACGAAUAUCCUGAGGCUUACCUAUUUAGCUGGUCACCAGUGUCUUUGCAGCAGUGAUGAAUGAGAUUUCCUAGCAAACAGUAAGUCCCCUUUUUACAAUUUGUUUUUUCAUGUUUAAUAAAGUUCUUCAGUGUA